AGAAGGUGGACCUGAACGGUGAGCUGGGGGGGCGAGUCACUCCAAGCCUGGGUACAAAGUUCAAUAACGGCAAGAAAGCGAACGAAUUUUUUGCAUUCACACACACACAGUGGAGGUCAUUCGAAUAGUCACCCCGGAGGUCAUCGAAGCGAAAUAAUUUAUUCAAGAGUUGCAGCCACCCUGUGAGAGAGAGAAAGGAGAGAGUGCAAGGACCAGCCGGCCGGUGAGAGGACACCCGCAGAGAGUGGGGAGAGUGGAAAGUGCAGCAGCAACAGGCAGCGACAGAGAUAGAAACAACGAGAAACGCCAACGCGAUCGAGUGUGCUUGUAGUCUACACUGGUUGUGCGUGAGUGUGAGUGAGAGGCAAUAGCAGCGGCAGCGGCAGAGGCAGAGUCAAGCGGCAGCAGCGGGCAUUACUUGGCGCUACGCCGCACAGCGACGACAGUCGAGUCUCAGCACCCGACACAACAGACGGCGGCAGCUCCACCACCUUACCUUUCCGAGACACAACCAUCUCCUCCUACUACCAACCAACCAGCCACAGCUGAAGCUCGCGAGGAAUCACUGUUACCGCAAAAGUAAACUUCCUUUUUUUGUCCGAUGGCCAGCAUGUAUCCAGCCGCUCAUCUGCUGCGCCUGCGCAGUUCCUUCGCCAUGGGCAGUGCCCUGCAGUCGGCAACACGUUCCAUAUCCACAAAUCGCCGGGAGCGCAACUCCAGCACCGCCAGUGCCCACAGGGAGCGCCCGCAGAGCGAUACGGACAAGUUCCUGCACUAUACUCCCGAGGAUGGCUACUACAAGACCUCGCCGUAUGAUCCCAUUACGGUGCCGAAUGUGGCCAUCCAUGAGUACGUCUGGCGAGACUUUAAGAAGUGGGAGAGCCGCACAGCAGCGGUGUGUGUCAUCACCGAUCGCCAGUAUACGUUCGCCCAGAUGCGAGAUGCCAGCGCCGCCUUCGCCGUACGCCUGCAGACGCAGUUCAAGCUCUUCAAGCCGGACGUGGUGGGUGUUUGUUUGCCCAACUUGCCGGAGUAUCCUAUCGCCGCAUUGGGGGCCAUUGAAGCCGGUCUCACGGUGACCACCAUGAAUCCCAUCUAUACGUCGGACGAGAUCGCCCGCCAGCUGACCUUCAGCGGUGCCAAGUUCCUGGUAGGAACUGCUGCCGUCUAUCCCAUCCUGAGCCAGGCCUGCCAGAUGAUCGGCAAGAAGCUGCCCAUCGCCGUCAUCCGGACUAGUCCGGGCGAGUCCCUGCCCGAGGGUGCCAUCGAUUUCAGUGAACUGACCAGCACUCAGAACAUCCGCUACGAAGAUCUGCAGAUCCCGAAGGAUUUCACCCCCAAUGACAUGGUCUUCCUGCCCUUCUCCUCGGGCACCACCGGCCUGCCCAAGGGCGUUAUGCUGUCCCACAACAACAUCAGCAGCAACUGCGAACAGGUUCAGGCCUCCCUGCCGCUGGACGUCAACGGGCCACAGGUGACACUGCCGGCGGUGCUGCCCUUCUUCCACAUCUACGGGCUGACGGUGGUGAUGCUCUCCAAGCUGGGACAGGGCUGUCGGCUGGCCACGAUGCCCUGCUUCAAGCCGGACGAUUUUAUGCGCUCCCUGGACAAGUACAGAGGAAAUUUCCUCAAUCUGGUGCCUCCAAUUGCCCUGUUCAUGAUCAACCAUCCCAAGCUCACCCAGGAGACGGCCCCCGAACUGCGGGUGGUGAUGAGCGGAGCAGCUCCGAUUGGAGAACACGAUGUGGAGCGAUUCCUCAAAAAAUUCCCGAAGACGGUCUUUAAGCAGGGCUACGGCAUGACCGAGGCCUCGCCCGUGGUCUUGCUCACUCCGGAUGGUAAUACCCGGUAUGCCUCCACCGGCGUGCUGCCUCCCAACACCGAGGCCAAGAUCGUGCCUCUAGAUGGCAACGAUUCCAAGGGCGUGGGGCCAAGAGCCAGCGGUGAACUGUGUAUUCGUGGCCCACAGGUGAUGUCCGGAUACCUGAACAACGAGGAGGCCAACAAGGUCACCUUCUAUCCCGGCAACUGGCUGCGCAGCGGCGAUGUGGCCUACUAUGAUGAGGAUGGCUACUUCUACAUCACCGAUCGCAUGAAGGAGCUGAUCAAGGUGAAGGGCUUCCAGGUGCCACCCGCCGAACUGGAGGCUGUACUCCGGGAUCAUCCCAAGAUAUUGGAGGCUGCUGUUUUUGGCAUCCCCCACGAGGUGAACGGCGAGGCGCCGAGGGCCAUUGUGGUUCUCAGACAGGGCCAGAAGGCCACCGCCGAGGAAAUCGCCGCCUAUGUAGCCGAGCGCGUGGCGCACUACAAGAAGUUGGAAGGCGGCGUCAUCUUUGUCGACGAGGUGCCCAAGAAUCCCACCGGCAAGAUCCUUCGCCGCGAGCUCAAGGAGAAGUUCUCAGACUAAACCGGAUCUGCUAGCUGCUAAGUUUUUUUUUUUGUGAUUUUUUUUCUUCCUCGGACAUCCACUGGGAAGCUUCGAUUUUGUUUGUACAUGAUGACCAACAACUUUUGGCUCAAGAUUUAGGCCUUUUUUAGAGUUAGCAUCGCAUUUAAAUAACAAUUCGGAAAUAUUUAGUCCUUAGGCUUUACAUAUAGGUCUCGAUUAGUCGUUCGAUUGGUCCAUAUCUUAUAAGUUUAGAAUAGUUAGAGACCGAUAUCCAUAUACACAUAAUACACAUAUAACUAUACUUAAUGCCGGACCGAUUUUUCAGUCGAGUGUUGAAAGAUUUCACAGUUUAACGACGAAAUUAUGAUAUUCCCCCACUAAUUAUCCAACAAAAUAUUUUUUUUUGCCUAGCUCUGUAAGAUAUUUCAUUGUUAAACGCAUUAUAAGCGGCGGCUUACAUGCCAACCCCCGUGUUGAGAAAUAAAGACGGAAUUGACGUUUAAA